CGCGAUCGCGUCCAGGAACUCGAUCCUUACCGUAGCCGAUCCAUCUGCCCCAGCCCUGCCCUUAAGGUCCGUGUGCUGAUAUUGCGUACGAUCCAGUGAUCCAGUAGGGGGGGCCAGGUGGGUUGAGUGUGGGUCUGUGUGCUCUAAUGAUACGCUAUCAAGCAUCGGAACGCGACCACCGCCGAGGGAUCACCGUGCUGAUAGCAGCAAAAACGGAGAAGCAUUAAUCAUCCGGAACUCGAGCUCCCAACCCAGUGUCUCUAGGCCGGAGGGAGUAAAAGCGACGAACCUUUGCUGAGGAGCUUUUUUUGUGCUGAACACGGACACGGAUAGGGGAGGAUACGAACUUCCCACCGGCUGGCUUUCCGCUCUCCCUUCCUGCGCGUAUCGUCUAACCCGGAACAAAUUUAGAACGGGCGCAACGGAGCAACCAGAUAUAUGCCGAUCGACGCCGAUCGCCUCCAGGAUGAGCACGAACUCGCCCGGAACGCCGAAGAAGUGUCGGCUGAUACUGCAACAAUGUCUUGCGAUACAGCUGACCAAACCGGGCAACCCGCCCGAAGACUUCUGGAUGUACGACAGCGGCUACACGAUCUUCCAGAAUUUUCUAUCAGCUAACCUUCAAUGCUGGUGGAACGCACCGUUGGCGGCGGCCACGAAGGUACUCAAAUAUCUUGGACACAUUUCGCCCGGCAUGCUGCUGAUAACGGCCGAACCAUGCGCGCUGGAAAUCAUCCGCAGUGCCUACGCCCGCAGCGUCCUCAAACCACCGGCCACCUAUCUGAUCAACUCCGUCGGUGACAUCGAUGAUUGUAUUGUGACGCCUAUCGUUCAGACACAGUUUACUCCACUCACGGAAGCGCUCUGCGACGUGAUCAUGGAACUCACAUCCCAAGGACAGUCCGCCACCAUCGAGAACAUACGCAACCGAUUGCGUUCUAGGUUCACCCAUAUGCAGCAACCAUCGGUAGAAGUCAUCUACGAUACGCUUGUGCAGCUAAUGCAAGAAAUCAAAAUCUACCAAACAUCCAAAGGAUACUUUAUCGUCACGCCAGAGAAACGACGGAACAAAACGAACGCUUCGCUCGAGUACGGAUUCUCUGGUGUCGAGCUGGACAGUGCAGCACCGACGAAAGAGUCCAAAACGUUGCUGAUGAGCAGCCACGAAGCACUCAGCAGUCUGUACGGUGAGAUUUCGACCGUGCGGGACGGCGACCAGACGCACCAAUGCAUCCAGACCAACCUGGCCGACGUGAUCUGUGGUGGGAAUCCGAACGACAAGAUACUCUAUCCGCGUUCGGCCAGCAAGCAACGCAGCGCCUCGUUCCCGAGCAAUGGCAAAACCCUCGAACGACGCCAUAGUUUACGCUUCUUUGGUUCGUCCAAGCGACUCCAGCGGUCUGCCUCUACGAGAAGCCUCUCCAAGAACUAUGCGCAAACGAUCACCAAGGAUGGUACGAUGGCACCGUUGGCAACACCCGAGCUGCCAGCAGCCACACUGGAUCCGAAAAAACAAGCCUCUUCUCAAUCACUACUAUCGCGCAUCUUCCGACGAAGCACACGCUCAAAGAGCAAAUCGAAGCAGAUUGAAACGUACUCGGCCCAGUUUCCGCCACCGGAAUGGUUCAAUUCGAAGACCACCCAUCUACACAGUGUAGGCACGCAGACGACGGACUAUUUGGACUUUCCCAUCAAGUCGCGCCUGUUAAACUCCACCUUCUACGAUAGUUCGGACGUAAGUCAACGGUCCCUAUCGCUCCCGAGACGACGGCACCACCGACGCAACCUUUCCAGUGAGUCAACGUUCUUCAUCUCGUCCCGCGACUGUUCGCCGGUGCGCCGCGGCAAGAGCCCCGGGUCGUACUACUGUGGCAGUUUGCCCCGCUCGAUACACUCCACACCGGCCAGCUCCGGGUACUAUAAGGUGUCGCGCAGCAAACAGCUCUCCUCCGCCGACAAGCUGCACAGCGGCGACAGUCAGGGAAAGAUGGAACACAAAACUAGUCGCAGCCUUGGCAUUGCCAGCGGUCCAUCCAGCAUCGACAGUGGCAAGAUGACGUACGUCACGUCCGGACCGUCGAGCUUCGACAGCGAGAAGCUGUCCUCCACGCGUACCAGCACCCAUUCCAGCCUGGAAUCGCACGUAUCUUCCUCCACCAUUACAACAGCCAUUCAGCAGCAGCAGCAACAGCAACAGCAGCAGUCGGGCAAUUCUAGUUUGUUCAGCAUCAGCAACGACACGAAACCACCUCCCGUCUCAGGCAGCCCGCAGUCGGGUAGUCCUAGCCGAGGAGCACCAAAUGGUACCGCGAAGCCGUCGCCAUCUGCACCGGGAACUGUUACAACGGUCAUGACGGCGGUGGCAUCGACGACCAAAGCCAACAACAGUUACAAGUGCUUCGAGACCACGUUCGGCUAUACGAGCACCAAUACCGGCGGUGGCAUAAAGGGCAACACACCGACAGCGCUUGCCGGCAGAACGUCUAAAAGUCCGGCACUCGGUGGCAUCAGUCUCACCAAACCGAUCGAUCACCUGACAGCGCUCAGUGAAUCUUUGCUGCAGUUCCGCCUAAGCGGUGACUCAACGUCGAACUCGGGAGGUUCAUCCGGAUCGUCGCCACCCGGCUCGACGACCCACACGAUACCGGUGCAGCAGAACGGAACGCCAGAACUUAACAAGUACAACAAAAACAGCACCAUGAACAAUAGCAAACCGUUCCAACCGAUGACGACCGCACCCGUCCAACCGCCGGCCAAUUUCUUCUACAAAAAUGUCCUCAAAAACAUACAGCACGACAGCAAGAACAUCUGCGGCGAUCUCGCAGUGGAGAAGACAUCGCCCACCAGGACCUACGAUGAGGGGACCGGUCGGAUCGGGCUGCAGAGCAAUCUGCGCCGUUCAAACUCCGAGAUCAAGAAGCUUAACGCGAACCCGGCACGCGAAGGGAAGCUAGCGGAAGCUGACGAUCCGAAGGGUUGCGGCCAGACAGUCCCACCCGCUCAACCGCUCAGCGGAUUGAUCGUGAUGAAAAAGAGCCUAUCGGUGUCGAGCGAACCGAACCUGCUGGCGAACGGUGAUAGCAAGGCGGCACAGAUCACGAUACUGGUGCAGGAGAACGGUACGAACGGUACCGAGCGGGACAGCGGUGGUGAUGCCGACGGUCGCAAACGCUACUCGCACUACGAUGAGCUGGAUCGGCGGUUUAGCUACCAGAAUGGGGCCCGCGAUGAACCGCUCGUGCUGGAGGAGAUGUACGAGUUCCCGAGUCUGUCCGAUCUGAGCUUCAACUUUACGUCGCUGGCAGCGCAGAAGAUCCUGCAGGGCGAUGCCAGCCUGAACAGCAUCGAUACGCUCGUCGAGCUGAACAUUAAUCAGGAGAAGCAGCAGACACUGAUGCGGCUCAAGAACGAUGCGCGUCUGUUGGCCCAAACGGUUACCCCACCCGCCGAACCGGAUGCGACCAAGGUGAUGACGGACUUUGGGAUGGUUUGAGCACACAUCGGUACACACACUCACACCCUCCGACCGCACACAACAUACACUCUCCCCUUCACAAACACACAUAUAAAAAGUGCCAAUAUCUUAGGAGCUUAUUAGUAGCAACAUUAGUUGGGCGGUUAAGUGUAAUAGGAGCAGAUUGUACGACGAAAUGGCGUAUCAAUCAGCCGAGCUUUACCCGCGCUGGGAGACUAUACCGGUGUUGGGCUGGGGUUUGGCUAAUCGUCGCCCAACAUUGCGGCACCUUACCCUCCCAGCAGUGGACGCAAACACCCGAGCAUAUGUAAUCGUGUAACAAUCGUUUUUUUAAGAACACACUAAGGAAGGCGCGAGAAGAGUUUUAUCUAACCUGUUGUACAGAAAGCAAUUAAAAAAAAAGACGUUACAAACAAUAACAGCAUUACUCAUACGAACGACUCGAGCCUGACAACCAAUGUAUAAGCGGAUAAUAAAGAACGAAACCUAUU